GUACUGCCAUUGCAAAAGAAUUUUAGUUCUUUCUUCACUUCUUUACUCUCUGCUGUGAUAAUCCGGUAAUGCUAUUGACACGCCUGGUUGUUUCCCAACCAGAAGGUGGCAGCAGUCUGCAACAUCUGUAUCAUCAAAGAAGAAGAAACGUCACUUCACCGGGAAAAUAAAACAUGUUUAUGUUUCUCUGGCUGUCAUGAUUUUAAUUUAGGCUAAUAUCCUCAUUAGUCUGCAUUAUUAUGAACUGCCGAUUGCGUUGAAAUAUGAACUGGGACCAGCUUGACAUAAAUCCACGCAUUGUAACAGCUGUGAAGAGAGCAAAUUUGAAAUCGGUUAAAGAAAUACUGAGUCUUUCUGGUCCUGAUCUACAAAGACUGACGCAGCUGUCAAAGACUGAUGUACACCACUUGCAUGUUGCUGUCGCUCAGUCUUGCUGUAAGCAGCCUCCUGUCUCAGCCCUACAGUUGUUGCGUGGAGAGUGUCCUUCGUUGGAGCCAUUGCGUAGCCUCUCUUUAGGCUGCCCAGUCCUGGAUGAUUUGUUGCGCGGAGGUCUCCCCCUCUGCGGCAUAACGGAGUUGGCUGGAGAGAGUGGUUCUGGGAAGACCCAGUUUGGACUUCAGCUCUGUCUCUCUGUCCAGUAUCCAGCCGAGCAUGGAGGACUUGGCUCAGGAGCUGUAUUCAUUUGCACAGAGGACUCCUUUCCCAUCAAGCGGCUACGUCAGCUCAUCGUGCAGCAGUCUCUGCUGAGACCACACGUGCCAAAGACUCUGGUGCGCAGCAUCCGUUUCAGUGACAACAUCUACAUAGAGCACACCGCAGACCUGAGUGCGCUACAGACGUGCAUCAACCAGAGAGUGCCGGUACUGCUGUCCAGGGGCCUGGUGCGCCUGGUGGUGGUCGACUCCGUGGCCGGACUGUUCCGGAACGAGUUCCAGGCGGACGAGACGAUAGAGAGGACGCGCCACCUGCUCGCCUUCUCCAGCACCCUGCACCGCCUCAGCCACGCCCACCAAGCACCUGUGCUCUGCAUCAACCAGGUCACAGAUGUAAUAGAUGGUCCAAAUCCCGGGAGGUGUAAUUUUGGGCUGGUGGACAGCCGGGUCCUCCCUGCGCUGGGCCUGGCGUGGGCCAAUCAGGUGAUGGUGCGGCUGAUGCUGCGGCGCCUGCCGGGCUCGGUGGCGUCGGGAGAGCAGAGCUGCGUCCCCCGGCGCCUGGAGGUGGUGUUCGCCCCACACCUGCCCCGCGCCGGCUGCCUCUGCGGCGUCUGGGUGGAGGGCGUCAGGGGCAUCGCCCAGGACGGAGCGCAGGAGGAGCAGGAGCAGGAGAGAGAUGAGAGGGAGCAGGAGCGAAGAGGAGAGCCGCCGCCACCACAGCCGGGCCCGUCAGGGGAGGAGAGCAGGAAGGGGUCUGGGUUGAGAACUUGAAGGGGGGAUCCCCCCAGGAUGGAGAGCAGGAGCAGGAGUGAAAAGGAGGAAAACCUCCAUCACAGUCGGGUCCGUCGUGGGGGGGGGUCUGGAUAGGAGACUUCAGGGGUCGCUCAGGAUGGAGGGAAGGAGCAGCAGGGAGGAGGAGGAGGAGAAGGUGGACUGAAGAGGAGAACAGCCUCCACCACAGCUGAUUCCAUUCGUGGGGGAGGACAGAACCUCCCGUGGACAUAUGGACCCAGGAUGGAACCGUAGAAGAGUGUGCAGGAGACAUGACACCUGAGUCCUAGUUGAGACAAGGGCUCCAUUCCAUUAUCCACACUCCUGUCCUAGACUUGCGCUUGUGGACUCUGGAAGAGCCCAUGUUUACUGCACAUAUAACAAUGCCAUGAUGCCAAGUCGACUGUGGUUUCCAAUGGUAGAAAGAAUAUCAUAUAUCUGCCUGGACAGAUGAUGGUGCAGACUUCUGACAACAAUAUGGUUGAGUGUACAGUUUACAUGGUAGAGUUUGCACUUUACAAUAUCUAGACUGGGAACGCUGAACACAUGAGAUUUACUGACAGAGAAACAAGGGCUUCUUUUUUAGAUAUGGGAGGGAGCUGACUCUCACCCUCUCAUUUUAUGAUUUCAUGAUUGAGAAAACAAAAUGUGACCAGUUACUUUUAUUUUUAUUGAUGUAGUUUUGAAAGUUUUACUUUAUGAUUGAUGUGGGACAUUCAUGUAUUUAAAUAAAAUGUUGUGUCAAAGUCAA